AUGUCAAAUAACGAAUGCCCUGCAGCCGAAGAAUUUCCUUCUUCAUCAGAACUCAACAUUGGUGCGAACCUUAGCAUGACCCCUUCAGAAAAAGACGCUCCUUCUAUUAUCAAUGGAGGAACACCAAAGCAAAGAUCCAGAAAAUCCAGCUCAAUUUCCAAUAUUCCAAUGCGAAUAGAAGACAUGCUUAAAGCAAAAGACGAGGAAGUUAAAGCAAGAAUAACGACCUUAAGGAUGCUAAAAAACGCUGAAGAAAGAAGAAGCUACACAGCUGCCCCUCAGAUCAACCCAAACUCUAAGAAAAUCCUCAAAAACUCCAAGCGAGCAAUCGAGGACAAAGAAUUAGAAGAAAAACUAGCCAUAGAAGACGGUGACAAAGUUGACACUUUCCAAGAAUACAAAAAUUUCGGAGCAGAAAUCAAAAUCCCUUACGAAUCUUUAAAAGAAAGCUUGAAAAACCGUUGCAAAAUUCCAGUCGAAACAGAGGAGGAAAAAGUUGAUACAAGUAAAAUGACUUUGGUUGAAAGAAACUUGUAUUGGGCGAAAAAGAAAAACGAGAGAAUAGAAAAAGAAAGAAUAAGCAAGGAGAAGGUAGAAAUGAGCGCAUGCACUUUUAAGCCUGUGGUGUCACCAAGAAUGUCAACAAGUAGUUCAAUGUCAUCAAUUGAAAAUAUUGCCUCUAAGGCUACGAAAUACUCUAAUAGUAUUUACAGUGCGAAAAGAAUAUCAUCUCCAAUAUCUGAAAGUAACCACAAAGAUGCUCAUUCCCCCCUUCGUGAGCGAACAAAAGCAUUAGAAAAAUCCCUAUUUUUGCCCAAAAACCUACUCUCCAUAAAUAAACAAAAUUUUUUAUGAUAAAAAUUGAUAUAUAAGUAUAGUUAUUAUAAUUAAAUCUAGUGCAACUCUGUUUGAUUUUAAACAGCUUGCAAUUCAAAACAUAAAUCUUGCAAAUUAAAUUAAAUUUUAAUUCCCAAUUUUUUUACAUAUUGAGAUUUUUUCAAUCUUGAAAAAAAUUUUAAAAAAAAAUAUCCCUGCAUGAGUGAACAAAAUAUUUUUGUUCGCUCACUUAGGGGGAGCCAGGGAAAGUCAAAGCCCUCUAUGGCGGAACAAAAGCAAGCACGAAAUCUUAGAAUCCCACCUCCAAACCCGAUAGAAACCAAGCAGCAACAAGCUGAAAAGCCUGAAAAAAAUAUUGCAGAGCCUUUUGUGUCUCCAAAUUAUGCUCAGCUGACCCCAGUAUGUAAAAACUAUAAAUUUAAGCAAGGAUUUAACUACGACAAGAUGAAAAGCCAAGCCAAGCCAAUGGUAAGAUAUGGAGCACUAGGAAAUUAG